AUGUCGCUUAAUGGGUUAGAUGAUCCCUCUAUCAUCGAGUCCUACCAGAGUGCGCUCGCGGAGGCCGGAGGAUGGUUCCUGCUCAAAUAUGUGUCUCGAGAUGUCGUUGCUCUCCUUCACAAGGGGACAGGCGGCGUCGUCGAGAUACGCUCUACCAUCAGCGCUUACGAGGAGAAGUCACCGCUCUACGGCUUCCUACAGUAUCGUCGACGAAAGAUCAUACUCCGAUAUGUGCCUGAAGGGAUAUCGAGACUAAUCCAAGGUAUUUUCGAUUUUAUUCUUGGUGGCUUCGUCUUAGCAGCGGCUCGAAUCACCGUCCAAUUCCAGUCGAUACUAGACCGCUUCUCUCCUCAUGAUACUGUAUUCUCACUCACCACCCCUUCGGAACUCACUGAAAAUGCGCUCUCUUCUACCUGCCUGCUUCACACCGCGUCCGGCUCCAUGACUUCGUCCACCAGUUCCCUGCGACAACGACGGCUGGGAGAAAUCACCGAAGAUGCAGAGGAAAACGGAUCAGAUGAAGAGGAACAGUCCAAGCCUGCUCCAACGUCGUCCAGCCAUAGCAGAGCCGAAAGUGUCUUCAGCGGAACGUCAGAGGCAACGGCGGUGCCUAAUCACCAUAUGCUGCGAGAUGGAGGUUCGAAACCCCGGACAAGUAGCAUCUUGCUCUCCUCAGAAGCGGCAUCAGCUAAACCGUUACCUCCAGUACCAAAUCUGCCCACUGCCAGCCGUGCCAACGGCAUCCCUCAACAACAUCUGCUCGACCAACUAUCCCAGCCUCUUGCCGAGUCCCGAAAGUCUUCACAGUCAGUCAGGCCGUCACUCCGCGAUCUAGAUCAGAUCAGUAUCCAUAGACCAAAGGUACGACUCGGUCCACGACCAUCAAUGGACGCCAACGGUCGACCCAAGACGGCAGGCUCCAUGACUCGUUCCUAUGAACCUCGACCAGUCGCAUCAUUGCCGGCAGGAAUGCGGUCCCGGAAACAAUCGACAUCACGCCCCAAAUCACAGCCAGAUUAUGACCAGGCAAACCCUCAAUCCUCAGGAACAACACCUCCUGUACCUCCGUUACUGGUCCCUCCACCAAUGAUAAUUGGAGCAUUCUCAAGACAUGCGCCGCCCUCUCCUAGAUCGAUUCGAAGUUGUGCCACGACAAUUGGAAUGACCCCCGAGAAACAGCGAUUGAUGCGAGCCCUGGAGCUGCGGAAGCAGCAGAUGUCUAGACAGCCAAAGAAGGCUGAACAGAAAACUCCAGAACCCCUUCCAGAAGCCAAGGGGCAAAAGGAUAAGGGAGACAUACCCAACCAAAUUGUCACUAAAGAAGGAUCGGCGACGGUUGUGGGCCCAACUAUUGACCAGGAUGCUGCUAAUAAACCACAACUCAGUCAGACAGCUGUCUCUGAGAGCAGAAAAAACACAACAUCGCCUGAAAUGGCAGAGCCUGUACAAACUCCUUCGUCCGAGGCGUCAACACCCGACUCGGCUGUUGAGCUCUCGCCGUCGCACCCUUCUACAGCAUUCGAGCAGAAGAAAGCUUACGGUCGGACGGCUGCUGAAAAGGAGGCGGACCCUGAACCUACACCACCUCAGACACCUCCUGAGGAAUUGGAGCUCCUUAAGCCGGUAGCAUACUCAGCGCCAAAGAUGGCAGACGUCAAACCAGCUUCACAACUAGACCAGAUGGCUGAGACCGAGCAGUCUGGCGCCGUAGAGCAACCUAACCCUCCGUCUCAACCAACCCCUAUCGUUCCUCAAGACUCUCCCGAAUCCUCCCUUUCUUCCUCCAUCACCUCGCGUUCAAUUGAAAAGUCCUCGGUUGCGACAAGCUCUACUUCAACUCUUCGAAACGUGUCGGACACCGAGUCAGACGUCCUUUCGAAACAUACCAUAUACGCCAACUCCUCACAGUCGAGCAUCACCGAUGAGCUUCCCGACGUCGUCAAGGAGUCCGAACCUGAACAGCCACAGGUUACCGCUACCUCGACCGAAAAGGCAGAACUAUCUCCUCCCCAAGUCGCUGUACCUUCCGAUUCCGACUCUGAACUUGGUCCAGACACUCCUACACCGCGAGACGUGACGAACGGGGCCUCAGAAAUAAAAGAUGAAGCAUGUGUAGAUGUAUCGCCGGCAGGCGUACCAUCGCCCAUCAUUCAGGUCGAAAACAGUGUCGUCGAUGUGGAAAAUAACGAAGCCUCGAUCGAGAACCUCGAGCUAGGCGAGGACUCGAAGACGGUUGGGCAGUCAGAUGUCGAAGAUAGUGCCGUAACUAGGAAGAAGGAUAAGCGAAUUGCGAUGUUGGACCCUCUGCAGAUUCCAACCAACGCGAACAACUCCGAGGAAGAUAUUCUUCUAUCUGAUGAUUCCUUCAUGGACGAGCUAGGCAGCGCGACCCUACAAGAAGCCCGACCAAUCGCUAUCCCUCGCACACCUACUACGAGCAAUGGCGAGAAAGGCCCUUCUGUCGACAGGUGGAACGGUUCUCGCAUGGUCUCCAAUUCCUCCGCAAGAUCAGACAUCGAAGCUCUUCCAGUUGGUGUUGCUUCGUCCAGAGCAUUCUUCGAGUCCGAGAAGUCCGCCCCCGUCCUUGUGGCGAAGAAGGUAAACGUUUCCUCUGGCAUAUCGAAACGUAUCAAGGCCCUGGAAAUGUUUUCGAGUCGUGAAGCUGGCCCGAUCCCAGACAAGGCACCAAGCCGACCUGAGCCACCAAAGACUGCAUCACCUUCUGCGUUUGAGAAAUUCCGAAAACGAACAUCGAUAUCCCAAUCACCUGGAUCACUCUCGCCCUCCCCGAGCAACCUAGCACUACCACAACUAGGUGAUGCUGCUAAACAUAAUGAUCCUAAACAAGUCAACGGAGUGACUCGGCCCAAGUCGAAAUCUGUUUCUGUCACUGCGAGAAUUGUUCGCGGUGCAACUGGUGCGCCAUCAGAGCAUUCAGACCAGCUGGAUCCAAAUUCCUUGAAUCUACAACGCAGUGAGAUCACAGUUGAGCAGGGAGGAGAAAAAGGUCUCCAGUCGUCUAGCCUGGGUAUCAGAAGCGCCGACAAACGCCAUUCAAUAUGCUCAAGUACAGGCUCCAAACGGAACUCCUACAGCGGUCCAAAAUCUCCUCCGUCUGAUGCCAUAGGUAGCAGACUGUCCAUCUCGUCUCGACCAAAGUUUGACUCUUCGCACUCUCACUCUUCAAGCGACGCUGCACACUAUAACGUUGAUAACGUUGAAGAAACGAAGGAGGAUAAGAAGGGAUCCCGCAAGUCUCGGAUCAUCCGGCGUAUGUCUUCCAUCACUACAAAUUCUCGACGAAAGUCCACGGCCAAGGAUCAGAAGACGUCAUCAGCAAGCAUCCAGCCACCAAAGAUAGAUGAAGCUUCAGCCACCGGCAGCGCACAGCCACCGAUCCAUGUUGUCGAUGUAGGCGAAGUCAACGUUCAAUUCCCUGACACUCUAUUGUGGAAACGUAGAUUCAUGCGUGUCGAUGAAGCAGGAUACUUGAUCCUCACUCCUGGCACCAUUGAUGGAAAUCCUCGAAAUACAGUGAAACGGUACCACCUUUCCGAAUUCCGAAGACCAUAUGUGCCAGACCAUGAUAGACAGGAGCUACCCAACAGUAUCCUUCUGGACUUCUGUGAUGGAAACACACUUCAAUGUGCCUGUGAGUCGAAGCAGGGCCAGAGUACUACCCUUCAAACUUUGAUCGAGGCUCAUCAUAAUUAUACCCAAUAA